AUGAAUCAAAAUACUUUUCCAUGUGGUUGUUCUCCCCUAGGAAAUUUAACAAAGUAUGAUUAUGAUAAAACUGAUAAUAUAUUUAUUGGUAAUGUAUCAAAAAUUAUUUAUGAUCGGUCAAAAAAUACACAAAAAAUUGAUUUUAAAAUAAUAAAAAAUUAUAAAGGUUUGUACAAAACGGGUCAAACAAUUACAGUUCAAACAUUUCGAAAUAGUUCGAAUGUAUGUGGAUUAGAUGUUCAAAAAGGUCAACAAUGGCAAAUAUGGGCAUCGGGUUCACCAUCUCGUAUUAGUAGUUGUACACGAAGUACAAGAAAUAUAAAUGAAAACAUCAAAGAAUUAAAACAAUAUUCAGAAUUACUAAUCAAUGAAAAGUCAAAAAAGAAGGAAUCACGUACUAAAACACCAUUAUUACUUAAACAACCGGAACAACCGAAAACAACUCCAUGUCCAGUAUGUCCAACAUCAAAUACAAUUAAAAUAAACGUUAAUUAUUUUAUUUUACUUAUUAUAUCGUUAUUUAUUUUAUUUUAA